AUGACCAAAGUAAUCAACAGUUCUACUAGAAGAUCAGCUAGGCGCUCAAAAAGAAGAUCAUCAAGGAGAUCAGCAAGAAGAAGGAAGAGGACAAAACCAUCCACUAAAACAUCAGAGUCGACACGUGCUACGAAGCAAACGUCACAUCGGUCUAAAACAGAACGACACACGGUCACUCAAACCGCCAGUAGCAAACGGCUUAAAACCUCAGAAACCGCGGUCAAAGUAACCACAAGUUCACCGCUAAGGUCAACCAAGAUAUCUGGACUUAAAUCAAGAAGAAGAGCUACAAGCAAAUAUAGCAAAAUUACGAAACCGUCAGAACAAGAAACCAAUAAAUCGCCUGAAACUCCAAAACAGACGAUGGAGUCAGCUACAUCUAAACGAACAGAACAUACAUUUUUUGAAACAGCAAGGGGAAAAAGCGGAAAAACGACAAUUUCGACCGCGAAAACAGAAACUGAAACUGACACUUCAUCUCUAACACCUUACCAGAACGAAACAAGGAUUGUGGUCAAAGGCGAUGCCCGGAGUGAUUUCAUAUCACUUGAAAUGUUUAAUUCGCCUAAAGGUGUUGGAGAGUCACAUCGAAGUAGUGUCACAAAGGAAUUGCACAAAGAAAGUUCAACAACCAAUAUCGAUAACAAAAUUAAACAUACAAUUACAAAAACAACAGCAUCAAACCAACCGCAAAAAAUGAUAAGUAAUAGUAAAAUCGGAACAACUGACGCUAGCGCUGUCAUAGUCACCAACACGUUUGCAAGAAAUAUCACAUCAUCAACGUCGAAAACACUGCCCUUUUUUAUGGCGAACAUUGCUAAGACUUCACAAACGGAAUAUGUUGAAAAGACUCCAGCAGACAAGAUGCUUAAAUUUAUGGAGAGGCGACGUUCACAACGCUUCCGAAUGAGGCAAUGA